AAAGUAAAUAAAUGUGAAUGUAAUUUAGGCGUGCUAUGCACCCCGGCCGGCCUCCAAGCCUGACCGCCACCACCACUGUCCAGUGUCCACAUUCUGGUCAUUACUCAUUACCAGUGCUGCCCGGUGCAUGUUUAACUAAGCAAACGGGGAAAUAUUAAGGAUGAAUUAGGAUGAAGUUCGCAACUGGUGACUGCCGAAUGCCGAGUGGGCCCUGGGCCGACGGCUGAUAGCCUGUCACCACCAGCCAACAUGGACGGGCCGGGCGGGUUGGUCUUCCUCUUAUUAGGGGCGCUAAUGUCCCUUGUUGAGUCCAUCACACCAGAUCUGAGUGCCAGCGAGUGUCUGGCCUUGGGUUUGAACCGGGACAACCUGAUGUGCUCCUCUUGUGACAACCUCAAGGAGUUCAAUCUGGAAGUACUGGAGCCCAACUGCCGCCACUGCUGCACCGUGGAUGAUGUUAAUGCAGUGCCAAGCAAGUACCCGCGGGCACAGCUUGAAGUGUGUGGGUGACGACUGGGGGCCUUCCCACAGGUUCAGGCAUUUGUCAAGAGUGACCGACCUGCGGCCUUCCCAAACCUCACCAUCAAGUAUGUGCGAGGUGCUGAUCCCAUCAUUAAGCUGAUGGAUGAAGAUGGUGAUGUGAUGGAGACCCUUGCCAUCGACAAGUGGAACACAGACUCUGUGGAGGAGUUCCUCAACACCUACCUGCUCCCUCCUUCAGACUCCAUAGACCAGAAGCUUAACGAGGUGUAGGAUUUUCCCAGAACACUUUUCACAUUUCCAUACCGUAGCAGUUCAUGUCAGGUUAGGUCUUGGGUGACUUUGGUCAGCUUCCCACACAGUAUUUUGACUUCCAGUGUGAAUGUUUGUUUACAUGUAGAUGUGUGUGUGUGUGUGUGUGUGUUCAAGUGGAGGAAAAGGAAUUAGUAAAUUGGCUUUUAAAUAUCCUUGAAGCUGUUUUACCUUGAAUGUUGAAUUUUUUAGGUGUAUAAUUAUUGAUAAUUUUAUAGUAAUUGACUGAUCUUUGUUUUAGAAAUUAGAAAGAUUGACAUACUUAAUCACCAAGGUGCAAUGAUGUUAGGAAGACCCAGAGUAUAGGUUGUAAGUUGAAGGUUACAAAAUUAUAAGGUGUACAAUAAGGCAGCUUAGGUUAUGAAGGGUAAAGAAUGACAGUUUCCACAUAUAAUCGGAAGCAAAAAAGCUAAAGAAAUUUGAGUGUGUGUGUGUGUGUGUAUGUGAUGGAGGGCCAAAUAUUUCUGUACUUGUUUCUUUGGGGUUGGAGGGAAGAGAGGAGCAUGGCAGGUUCACUUUAGCUUGAGACAGAGGACUUAUGAAGCUUUAGCCUUAAACCUCAUUUUGGUGGGCUGUAGUGGAACAUCUCCCUGUCCUCCUUCAAGCCAGCGUGAUCCCUGCCUUCUCUCCUCCCUUCCUCUCUUUCCCCUCUGCACUAUGAGAAAUACAUUAAUAUCUUUCUUA